AUGACUUACUCCCGAACCCCUCGAAGGGUUCAUGCGCAAUGGCCUCCGGCGCCCUGCGUCGAAGAAGAGCCCCAGUCUCUAUCGAGGGAACUGAACGGUCUCUCUAAGCUUGGAGAAAAGCCAGGAGCCGAGGGUGUUCAUUUCAGAGGCGCCGUCGACCAGUACCCUAUCUUGGUGUCUGCCACACCUCCCCCUCCCCCAUCAGUUUCCCCGGAUAGUCUUUCAAAUGUGCCUGGACUGGCGCAUAUGUCCUCUUCCGACGAGAGUUCGGGACCAGCGACGCCGCCUCUGCAGGAGCCGGUCACCCGGAACACAGUCCGAUUCAAGGAUGAGAGGGCCCCAGCUCCUGUGCCUCAGCGCAGUGCAAGCCGAUCCAGAAGCCAGUCGACUCGACCUCCGCCACCGCAACAAUCGAGAGAGCCCAGUGUACAGAGGGAGUCUCGACACUCUUCUCACUACCGGGACAGCACCACCGGUAGACCCAUAAUGCCGGUUGAGUAUGGCUCCCAGGCCCUGCGCUCGGAGAGCUCGCCAGAUCGCCCAGUUCCCCGAGCUCCUGUUCUCGAGAAGAGAGACUUGCUGCCGCUCAAAUCUUCCUCUGCGGCUCGCUCGAACAGUGCUCGACCUGCACCUCCAGCGCAGCGGCCACUGCCAGAGCGCUUGCGCAGCGAGCCCGGCUCGGGAUAUCUGUCCGAUUCGGCCACUUCCUCCAACAGACCCCCUGUGCAUAAAUCGCAAGCACCCGUUCAAGCACCUGUGCCCACAACCCCGGUGUUACCUGUGCCAAAUGGGCCCACCCUGGCAGACCGGAUUGAAGAGAAGCUUCGACAGCGACAAGAACAACGAGACCCGGGACAUAUGUCAGACACCGAAGGACAUAAGCCAACCACAGCCGCCAAGGUCUCUAACAUCGCCAUCCCAAUCUUGUUUCCGCACCCAGCGCCGGCUACCGCACCGCACUCGCCUACUCGGGAUCCCCGUGCCCUAAGCCAACGAGUCCCGCAAGAGCCGCCGACUUCCCGUCUGCGAGCCCAAUCCGUGACAGCACCCCCUCCCAGGGCCAUGUCUGAGUCUCGCCCUCCUCCCCCGAGGCCGGUGCCCGAGAUGGUGGAGAAGUCCAAACUACUUCCAAGCCUGGUACCAGCCCAGCCCACCACCGACAGGUCUUUGGUCCAGCCUGCUUCUCGGCAUACCAGCACAGCCCAUUCAAGCCCUGACAGGUCCACCACUCACUCCAGCUCUCGGCACCCCAGCACCACACGAACGAGCCCCGACAGGUCUACAGUUCCAUCCACGUCUCGGCACCCCAGCACAUCCCCCCAGCGACCCAACUCAACAGGCAUGGGCCUCUCCCCCUGUCCUCGCACUAUUGCAGUCGCCGGAUACCAAGACUGGUACACACUGAAAGGCCUGACGCACCUAGACAUCUGCCCCUCAUGCAUGAGUCAAAUCGCACACUCGCGGUACAGAGACUUCUUCAUCCCAAGUCUAGCCAAGCCCGCCAACCAAAAGACCCGCUGCGCCUUCGCCAACGCCUGGACCCGUCUCGCCUGGGCCCAAAUGAUUAAAAAGCAACACGACAGCCUGGAACUCCUAUACCAAAUGACCCGCCCACCCCCAGGAAGCCGCGGCUGUCCCGGCCGCAUUGUCGCCGAACAACCCUGGUACAGGAUCUACGACCCAGAAACCGGCAGCGACCUAUCCAACUUCCACGUCUGCAACAGCUGUGCAAGAAACGUCCGCAUCCUCAUGCCCGCCCACCGCGACACAUUCAUCCAGAACCCAGAACCCGCAGAACGAAUCUGCGACUUCGUUACUUCUUCGCCGCGCUUCGUCAGAUUCAUCGAUCUCCUGGACGCCUCUGCCUCGCGUGCUGAAGCCGAUCGCGCCCGUCGUCCUGACACUCGCGAAUUCCUCGGCUAUGCUCGUCGCAAGGCUGUUCUCCGUGACUGUCGCCGCGACAGACCAACGCUGAGUACUUGGCAUUAUAUCCCGUCUCUGCCUGAGAUGUGUGUCUGUGAAGACUGUUAUGAUGAAGUUGUUUGGCCACUUGCGAGGAUUCAUCGUCCCAUUGCGCGGAUGGUGACGACAUCCAUGCGCAUCUUGCCUGGUGAUGCACCUGGGCGCACCCGCGAGGCUAGUUGUCAGUUGUAUUCGCCGCGGAUGAGGGCGAAGUUCCGGGAGGCGGUUGCGAGGGAUGAUUUGGGGAUGUUGGAGUCUAUUGCUAAGAGGAGGAUUGAGGCUGAGAGAAGAUUCACGGAUCGUCGGGAGGAGUUGCUUGAGGCUUCUGGGAGAGGGUAUGAUUGUGAUGAGGAAAUGAGGAAGGCUGUUGAUGAGUGGAGGAGGUGGGAGUGA